UUCACCCGACCGGCCUUCUCCAACCUCUCUCUCUCUCUCUCUCUCUCACAGCUGAUAAUCUCCCAACGCUUUUCUCUCCAUCAAAUCCAAAAAUCCGAGAAAGUAAGAAAUCAGAUGUCAGAACAAAACCCUCCAUCAAUUCCCCAUAUACAAUCCACAACCCCUUUCCAAACCUCCCUCCAAAUCCCUUCUCCUUUCCUUCCCCAAAACCCUAACCCUAACCUUAAUUACACAGAUCCCUUCCUCUCCAAGCGCAAGCGCACCAACGGUAGUAGCAGCAAUCGCCGCAAGCUCCCAUUAUCUUCCCCAUCUCUCGGUACGGACUCCUCUCUCUCUCCAUCUCUUCUUCCCCCAUCAGAAACUUCAAAUCCUCCUCCUCCCGACGUCUCCGAAGAGAUCAUCUUCAUCAACAAAGACGCCACUUCCGAAGCUCUCACCGCUCUCUCUGCCGGCUUCCCCGCCGACUCCCUCACCGAGGAAGAGAUCGACGCCUCCGUCGUCUCGUCUGUUGGCGGCAUUGAGCAGGUCAAUUACAUCCUCAUCCGCAACCACAUCCUCAGCCGGUGGCGGGAGAACGUCUUAACCUGGCUCACCCAAGACUCCUUCCUCGACGCCGUCCCGCUUCACUGUCAUCUCCUCCUUGAUUCCGCGUACGGCUUCCUGCUGUCCCAUGGAUAUAUCAAUUUCGGUAUAGCCCCUGCAAUCAAGGAGAAGAUCCCUGCUGAGGCGAGCAGGCCGAAUGUUAUCAUCAUUGGCGCUGGUUUGGCAGGCCUCGCCGCCGCCAGGCAGCUGCUGGCGUUCGGGUUCAAAGUUGUCAUCUUGGAGGGUAGGAAGAGGGCGGGUGGGCGGGUUUAUACCAAGAAAAUGGAGGGUGGGAAUCGGUCAGCUGCGGCUGAUUUGGGGGGGAGCGUCUUGACGGGCACGCUUGGGAACCCACUGGGAAUUUUGGCCCGGCAGUUGUCCUGCCUACUUCACAAGGUGAGAGAUAAGUGCCCACUGUAUAGGCCAGACGGGAAGCCAGUCGACCCUGAGAUGGAUUCCAAGGUUGAGAAUGCUUUCAACCGGCUCUUGGAUAAGGCUAGCCGGCUCAGGCAGCUCAUGGGCGAAGUUUCGGUUGAUGUCUCUCUUGGGGCGGCAUUGGAGACCUUCCGAGAGGUCUACGGUGAUGCUGUCAAUGCAGAGGAGAUGAAUCUGUUCAAUUGGCAUCUGGCAAAUUUGGAGUAUGCAAACGCGGGCCUGCUUUCAAAGCUCUCGCUUGCGUUCUGGGACCAAGAUGAUCCAUACGAUAUGGGUGGGGAUCACUGCUUCUUGCCUGGUGGGAAUGGGAGGUUGGUCCAAGCUUUGGCGGAGAAUCUGCCAAUCUUUUACGAGAAGACAGUGAAUACGAUCCGUUACGGUAGUGAUGGGGUGCAGGUUGUUGCGGGCAGCCAGGUGUACGAGGGAGACAUGGCGCUUUGCACAGUCCCGCUAGGGGUCCUGAAGAGUGGUUCAAUAAGGUUUGUACCAGAGCUUCCUCAGAGGAAACUCGACGGGAUAAAAAGGCUCGGGUUCGGGUUGUUGAAUAAGGUCGCAAUGCUGUUUCCUCACGUUUUUUGGGGCACAGAGCUUGAUACCUUUGGUCAUUUGUCCAAUGAUCCAGCUCGCCGGGGGGAGUUCUUUCUGUUCUAUAGCUAUGCAACUGUGGCUGGUGGCCCACUUCUAAUCGCACUUGUUGCAGGGGAAGCUGCACACAAGUUUGAAACUAUGCCCCCAACUGAUGCUGUCACCAGAGUUCUUCAGAUUCUCAAGGGUAUUUAUGAGCCGCAAGGAGUCAAUGUUCCGGAUCCUAUUCAAACUGUCUGCACUAGAUGGGGCUCUGACCCAUUCAGUCUAGGAUCAUAUUCUCAUGUCGCGGUGGGGGCAUCAGGUGAUGACUAUGAUAUCUUAGCAGAAAAUGUGGGAGACGGGAGACUUUUCUUUGCUGGCGAGGCUACCACUCGUCGAUACCCUGCGACAAUGCAUGGUGCAUUCCUUAGCGGUCUGAGAGAAGCUGCUAACAUGUCUCACCAUGCCAAUGCUCGAGCAUUGCAUAAAAAAUUUGAAAGAAGCCCAUCGAAGGAUGCCAAGUCUUGUGCGGUUCUUCUUGCAGAUUUGUUUAGGGAACCCGAUCUAGAAUUUGGGAGUUUUUCUGUUAUUUUCAGUCAGAAAUCUUCCGAUCCCAAGUCAACAGCGAUUUUAAGGGUCACAUUUGGUGGAUCACGGAAAAAAAGUAAUGAUGGGAUGAAGCCAGAUCAACAGCACUCAAAUAAACUGCUUUUUCAGCAGCUUCAGUCACAUUUUAAUCAGCAGCAACAGUUCCAUGUUUACACAUUGUUAUCAAGGCAACAGGCACUUGAAUUGAGAGAGGUGAGAGGAGGGGAUGAGAUGAGGUUGAAUCACCUGUGCGAAAAGCUAGGCGUGAAGUUGGUGGGAAGAAGAGGUUUGGGACCUGCUGUUGAUUCUGUUAUCGCCUCCAUCAAGGCUGAAAGAGGCAACCAAAGACCUGCUUCGACAUCUUUAGCCCUGAAAUCGACCGAGUGAAGUGAUCUAACUAUACACCUAUCUGCAUCCUUGAUCAGAGUGGUACUUAACUCUGUUGGUCCAUGGAAGAUGAACGCCAAAGCAGAAACCCUGAGAAAUCUUUCUUGCGUUGUUCAGGUACGUGCAGAUCUUCUAUUAAUUAUUAUUUUUUCUGUUUAUAAUUUCAUUCCGUUUUUAGAUUUUCUUCAGUAGGAGCUACAAUUGGUCAAUCUGUGAGAGGAAUACAUUGAUACUCUGGUAGAAUGUGAUGGACGAUAUGCAGCCACUAAGAAAUUGCUCAAAAAGUGCUUACACGCCAUACAAAUAAUUCAAACCAAACCCUACAAAUAUGGGCACCAGUUUAGAUAUAUCAUGAACUAAUAAUUACUCUUAUUCAGAUAUCAAAGUAUUAGAUUGCUGGACAUUUAUUGAAGGGUUACAAACGAAAAAUAUCCAAUGGUCCUAUUUUAAAAAACGAGUUUCCACAAAUCAGAGGUUAGGAUUGUUCAGCCAACUUGAUUCUUAUUCUGUAACUUAACAACAGUGGGGUCCACAAUUUAAUCAGUUUAAUUUGGGUUAAAUAGACCACAUUUACUAUUUCUAAGCGCCUGCAUAUCAAGUAUCAUAAACAGCCAGAGUAUCAAAUAACUCUCCUAUCUGUAAUUCAUUCAGGAAAAUGGAAAUUCUAAAUUCUGCAUAUUUCCUUGUCC